GCCCAGCCCGGGAGGUGGAUGAAUGUGGGAGAAAAUGGAGACCAAGACGAUCGUGUACGACUUGGACACGUCGGGGGGGCUGAUGGAGCAAAUCCAAGCUCUGCUGGCUCCCCCCAAGACGGACGAGGCAGAAAAGCGGAGUCGUAAGCCUGAAAAAGAGCCCCGGAGAAGCGGCAGGGCCACCAACCACGACAGCUGCGAUAGCUGCAAAGAAGGUGGGGAUCUCCUGUGCUGUGACCACUGCCCGGCCGCCUUCCACCUCCAGUGCUGGGGCCAGUGCUCUGUAUGAGGAACCGUUCUCUUUUCCCAAUUAGACUGGGAGCCCUAUUUCUGGGUUCCCUGUAAUGAUCCUUUGGGUGAGGGAAUGAAUUGUCCUGUGCUCAGUGCCAAGACCUCGCUGAAGAAUUAAACUUAAGGAGGUGAUUUUUUUUUAAGUAAUAGUGUAAUCAUUUUAUCUAAUUUUAACUGCUUUAUCAGUUAUUCAAAGUGGUAGUAGGGGUUACUAACCCUGCCCCAGGAGAACUGGAAAGAGAUAUGUUUUUAAGUGUUUUCUGGUGAACCUGACCCACCCCUAUCACAAUUGUCACGCCAUUCGUUGAACUUUCUGCAAAUACUGGUCUCUGUGGAUUGGUCCCUAAAAAUUGGUUUAAAAAAAGUUAGAGUAACUGGUGGAGCUCUGGUUGCCACUGACCCAUCUUUCUGUUUGAAAUGGUUUGAAUUGUUCUCACUGAUAAAGUGAACACCAUAGGCCAUCGCUAAUGAGGCCGACUGGAAACUGGAUGUUUUUCUUUGAUUGCUCUCUCAUGGCAUUUUGCUCCACACGGACUGAGGGACCAAGACGGUCUGAUUGAGAAGUGCAUCUACCUCAGCAGACCUCAGCAUGGUUGCUUCCCGUCAGACAGAUUUCUGUAGCAUUUGCCUCCGCAUGUUAUAUUUGGAAUUGUUGGCCGGCUUUCCUCUCUUUGGUGUUGGCAGCAAGAUCCAAAAUGAGGUUUUCGAAGAAUGAGAGUAAAAAGGUCUCUGUGCACAGGCAAAACUAAGCUCAGCUUGGAGUUUUGCAUAUUUAAUUUUCAGUGAGUCAUAACAAGAAAGGUUUCACACACAGAGUAGAAAACUACGUUGCAGAAGAUCUUUUCUAUUUGAACUUUUCAGAAGGUGAUUUUUUUCUGAUUUUGUUGCGUUUAGCUCCUCAUUCGAAAAGUAUCAGGCUAGUGCUGAAUUAAAAUACAUUUAUUUUAACAUUAUCUUGUGAAUCUGUUGUUUCUGACA